AUGCUCACUCUCUUCAAGCCUUGGCGCAAUGGACAGGAUCUGAGACCAAGCCAGGAUGUGCUCUGGGAUGAUGUGUUCAAUGGCUAUUCAUUCUCAGAGCGGCAGCUGGAGGUCAUGAAAUUCUUCCAUAUCAAAUAUGAGUGCAAUGAUGCCAGGGAUGACUAUUCUGCUGCUCGUAAAAAGGGAGGAAAGACUGGUCCUUCACCAUUCAACAUGGAUAAUGCCACCCUGGAUGACCUGGACACCCAGUAUUAUAAUGAUGAUGGGGAACUCAACAUCAGCGAGAUUGAGGAGAUGGUGCUGCGGACCAAUGACUGGACAGAGCUGAGCAAUGCAGAAAUAAGCAGACGCACACAGAUGCUGCAGGCAGAACAAAUCAUCCAGGCUUCAGGCUGGCUAAACCCCAUGAAAGAAAAGAACACUUCUGAACUGCCAUCAAAGUUCAACAGCAAGGAACUUGGGUGGAGAGGGCCAUGA